AUCGAGUAUAUGCUGGAAAAAUGUUCAUAUAGCUAGUCUCGGUUUGAUAGCAUAAACUCCGUCCACAAGUAGGCGGAGCCGUUUUAGUAAAGCCUCCGUUGAUGGAACGAAGCCUCGCCCUGUUUCCACUCUCUAUCUUUCUCUCUUGCUCUCUUAAUCUCUUUCUCUCUCUAUCUCUCUUUUCUUCUCUCUCUUUAUCUAUUUAUCUCUCUCUCUCUCUUGUUCACCCCUACCUCAAAUACCCCUUCCAUCACUCGUUCUGGCUCCCCGUACGAGUAACUCUCUGUCUCACUCUUUCUCGCUCGGUCGCUGAGUCGCUCUCUUGUUCUCCUUCCCUCUCCCUUCCACGAACGUCGAUACCCCCACCUUCGAUCCAGUUGCUGCAGGGCGCAAAAGGAAAAAGUCCGUUUGGAGUUGGCAGAAUGGUCAAAGUCAGUCUACACGGAGAGCUCGACUCGUUCGGAGGCUGUUCGUUAGGUCAGCUCAUCAGUGAUCAUCAUCGAUCGUCGAUCCUCAACUUAGCUGUCAAAACGAGUGACAACGUAAUAGAACUAUAUAAACGAUAUUAUCAUCUGUAUCUAUUCAUCUAUCUAUAUAUCUACCAAUUUAUCUAUCUGUUUAUCUAUCUAUCUAUCUAUCUAUCUAUCUAUCUAUCUAUCUAUUUAUCUAUCCAUCUAUCUCUUAUCUCUUUCUUUUCUUUUUUUAUUCUUCUUCUCUUCGUCCGAUAUAGUAAGGUAUUAGAGUUAGUGUGAUUUGUUAAGGUGAUAUAUAGAUCGUGAGAACUGUUCGAUUGAUUCGAUAUUCGAUCCUCGAUGAUUCAACGACUAUUUCGUUAAUCCGACGAAAACACGAGAAAAUACGAGGAAGUUUAUGAGGACUUUUAAUGAGUUAUUGAAAGGCCUGAAGGUCUAAAUUACGUUUGAGGGAAAGUGAAAAUUACGAUCACGGUUUAAGAAUGACAGUACUAAGGAUGACCUCGCCGGUGACGCCUCCAUCGACCAGUCCAGGAUCGGCCGACGAGGCACAAGCACCGCAACCUAGUCCUAGACCGGCACACAGAUUGAGUUUCUCCGUUGCUGCAUUAUUGGCAGACACUAGAAAGUCACCAGAGACCACAACUAGGCAAGACAUCUCGACGAUCUCGUUAGAAUCAUCGCCCAUCUCUUCUUAUUCGCCUGUACGACAAGAUCACGUUACUACGGUACCCAUAACUUCUAACACACCUACGAAAUAUCCUAGUGAUCUUAGAACGAAUAGGUAUAAUUUAUCGGCGUCGCCUAAUCUAGAAGCUAAGACGCCUCAAUACACUUGCGAUUCGCCAGGAAUAACAACAGAAACUAGAACACCGCCCUCGAGAUACACCGACGUCGAAUUGGGUUUAGAAUCGCCAACGGACAGACAUACGUCUUACGGGACGAUCGACUAUAGGAUCAGAACCACCACCACUAACAUUACCACCGUAAAUAAUAAUAAUAAUAACAACAAUAAUAACGACACGCCAAUAUCUGCGGAUAAUCAAGUGUUAAUCAAGUGUUCAGCCCCAUCGCCAAAAACAACAAGCAAUACGCAGAAAGACUUUGAUUCUCAGUCGCCAAGAAGUAGUUCUUUGGAAGAAGGAAGGUCAAGGUGUUCCGAGAUCGAAGAUAUCGAUGACGACGAUGAAAAUAGUCUGGUAGAUGUCGAAGAUCUUCAACAACACGCAUCAAGUCCAACACCGGUUAGGCCAACUCCAGCUUACGUCGGUGGUUUCUCCACUUUAGGAACCAUUCCUGGUAUACCACCUGGUCUUCAUCCUGCCGUUUGGGGCGCCGGACAUCAGGCUGCUGCUGCUGCUGCUGCCGCGGCUGCUGCCACGGCUACAUUUUUUCCUUCUCAUUUUGGUCAUCAUGCACCAUUAAACGAAAAUGGAGAACCCGCCAAGAUCAAAUGCAACCUCAGGAAACACAAGCCCAACCGGAAGCCGAGAACACCGUUCACGACGCAACAGUUGCUAGCUCUAGAGAAGAAGUUUCGUGAGAGGCAGUAUCUCAGUGUUGCCGAACGAGCCGAGUUCUCGUCAUCUCUCCAUCUAACAGAAACUCAGGUGAAAAUCUGGUUUCAAAAUCGACGGGCGAAAGCGAAACGUUUGCAGGAGGCGGAAAUCGAGAAGUUGCGAAUGUCCGCCGUAAGGCAACACCACACGGCACUUUACGGAUCGCAUCCGGGACUCCUAACGCCUGCCGGACUCUAUCCCAUGGGAAUGCUAUCUCAUCCUGGAUUGACGCCCCACCAUACGAUAUCUCAACAUCCUUCGAGAGAAUGAAGGCAACGUCUUAGAAAUCUAGGAUUCUAAACUUAUCGUUCUUAUCUUACGAGUAAGGACGUUAAACGAGUAUUCUUCACUUCGAAUUAUCUCGAGGAGGAAGAAGAAGAAGAAGCUGCAAGAGAUCGGCAAUCGAUUUCAAUUCUUUUGUUCGAAUCGGGAAGAUAAGUUAUGUGUGAGUUGUGGAGGGGGGGGGGGGGGGGGGGGAAAAAAGAAAAGGAAAAGAAAAGGGAGAGAAAGAAAGAAAGAUUUUUACUCAAAGUCCGACAAUAACGAAUUGAUCGACUUUCUUUUUCCCUUUUUUCUUCCCAUUUUCUUCUUUUUUUUUUCUUUUCUUCGUUCUCUCCAUUAAAAGAACGACAAGAAAAAAAAAUGGAACAAUCGUUGACCAGAAAUAAUAAUAAAAAUAACGAAGAAUCUCGACUUCGUUUUGCACUUGUGCCAAGUUGUUUCUAUCGUUUAAAUUAAACCUAACGAUACGUGAACAACAAUGAUAAAUAAAUGUUUGUAAAUAAAUUGUAAAUAUUUAUCAUCAUCGACGACGAAACAAUGAUAUGAUAUGGACUUACUGUAAAUAAAAUGUUCGUGCGUGCGUGCGAGAAUGAAAUUAAUUCGAGUCUGUGCGAUUCGUCGAUAAGAUAUUAUCAUAUAGAUCCGAUUGAUCCUCGCGAUUCUUGACUGAUCGCGAUUGUGCGCGAUUUUUUUUUUGUUUCUUUUCCACAUUUUCUUUUUCCAAUUUUGUACAAAUAUAUAAGAAUAUCGCGAGGACAGGCGGUAGGAAGGGAAUGGAAAAAGAGUAGAGAAGAAUUCUAUUUAAUAAAAAUCCUAAUAUCUAAGUAAUACAAA